AUGCUUAAUCACAAUCCAUUAGAUUUUGAUUUGGAUUGUAAAGCAUUUGCUGUUUUUGCUUCCGUUCUCAGUGUCAGAAUCGUCGUAGUUGUAGGAAAUAAGAAAGAAAUUAAUCUUAUUUCCACGUGGUUUUGUAAUCAUUUAAUAUCAAGUCGUCGGGAUCAGUGCAAGUGUGAAGUCGUCAUCUUAUCAAAUAAAAUGAUGUCGUCCCGGGAUCGUAUGAUGCUCUUAAAUAAAAUCGAAAAUACUACCAGAUUGAUGUUGAUGACAAUAUUUUCAAUGCGGUAG